AUGGCGUCAAGUUACUCAUUCAAGUAUUUCAAUGUCCGAUUCCCUGAGCAUCACCCAUAUGUCGCUCAUGUGGAGAUCAACCGGGCGGAGAAGAUGAAUGCAUUUUUCGAAGCCAUGUGGCUCGAGCUACGCCAAGUCUUCAACCAACUUUCAGAGGACUCCAUGGUUCGCGCGAUUGUUCUCAGUGGCGCGGGAGAAAAGGCAUUCACAGCCGGGUUAGAUGUCAAGGCUGCAUCUCAGGGAGGGGCCCUGGCCGACGGGCAGUCUACCGUCGAUCCAGCGCGCAAGGCCGUCCAUCUGCGCCGCCACGUGCUCGAAUUCCAAGAUUGUAUCACUUCCGUGGAACGCUGCGAGAAACCUGUGAUCGUUGCCAUGCAUGGGUUCGCUCUCGGUCUCGCCAUCGAUCUCUCCACCGCCGCCGACGUGCGACUCUGCUCCAAGGACGUGCGAUUUGCCGUCAAGGAGGUUGAUAUUGGCUUGGCGGCCGACAUUGGUACGCUGAGCCGUCUGCCCAAAGUGGUCGGCAGCUCCAGCUGGGUGAAAGAGGUGGCUUUGAGCGCACGCAUCUUUGGAGCGGACGAGGCCCUCCGGGUGGGUUUCGUCAAUGCAGUCUAUGAGAACCGCACAGAGACGAUCUCGGCCGCCCUGAAGCUGGCAACACUCAUCGCGUCCAAGAGCCCCGUGGCUGUUCAGGGAACCAAAGAGAUCUUGAACUGGUCGCGCGAUCACAGUGUACAGGAUGGGCUGCGUUAUACCGGCGUAUGGAAUAGCGCAGCUCUUCAGACAGCCGACGUUUCAGCUGCUCUGUUGUCAGGCUUGCAGAAACGUACUCCGACGUUUGAGAAGCUCUAA